CAGGCAUUUCUUUCUACCUUCUCCUACUAAGCCAGUAGAGUGGAUAGAAGCGUGCAUAGGUACCUAGUUAGAGAUAGUGGAGAUAGUGGCCGAAUUGAGGUGCUAAUUGUUCCGAUAUUGAACUUCAUAUAUUUCCUAUUUUAAAUUGGUGUAUUAGAAAACAACUUAUAUAUCAUUCAAGUUCUAAUUUUUCUAGCAAAUAGCCAGUACAUAAAUAUGCAAAUAUUGUCGACCAGAAUGCGACCCGCUUCAAUGCACAAGAAUCCCCAGAUAGGUAAUCAUCAAGGCUCGGAAGAAAUCGGGGCAUUUUGAAGAUCCGGAGAAAAUAAAAAUGGGACUUGAGACGAGAGUGUACAAUCCACCUGUUCCAAAUAAUGAAAAAGUAUUCUUUCACUAAAGUUGACAAUCCUCAUUUUGACCAAAAGACAUGAAUAACCGGAAUCAACCUACACCCGUUUAUGCUGAACCAUCGGAGGUCCCGUUCAUCAAAGCCGCUAAGCGCAAACGCCUAACAACAACCCGCACCAAACAACUUCUCCGCGCGGCUUCCCGAGCUCACAAUGACCCUCCUCCACCGCCUGGCCUGGGGGAUUGUUGUGGCAGUUCGUGCGAUCCUUGCGUGAGGGAUCUGUGGAAGGAGGAGUUGACCUGCUGGAGGGAGAGAUGGGGAGAUGCGGCCGAUGAAAGUGGCGAAGAGCAGACGAGUGAUCAGCCAGCUGAGCAGAGUCAAGACGAGAAAAACGGUUCAGAAAGAAAAUGCGAAAGAAUGCCCGGGAGCUGGGACUGGUAGAGGCGAUCGUCCAGUUGGAUAAGAAG